AUGUUGGAGGGUCCUUCCUAUCUUGUUUCAAGGCAGCUUCCGAGCUCCUGUGAGCAAGAGAGUCAGUGGAUGUACAACACUCAAUGUGUUCUUGAAUCGUCACACAGUAAGCGCCCACUUGAAGAUGGGGAAGAGUUGAAUCUUGAUCAUUCCCAUGCCCAAUCCGACCAGCCAAAUGACCAGAAUCUUGCUGAUUCCCAUGCCCAAUCUGACCAGCCAAAUGACCAGAGACCUGCUCUUUCCUAUGCCAACACUGACCAGCCAAAUGAUCAGGAUCAUGACGGUAACAACUACGAUCCGAAUUCACUAUUCCAGCAACUUGGAAGGGAUGUCUCAAUACACUGUCUCCUUCGUUGUUCAAGAGCUGAUUAUGGCUCAGUUGCCAUGUUGUGUAGGAGUUUCCGGUCUCUAAUUCGAAGUGGGGAGCUGUACACCCUGAGGCGAAAAAUGGGUAUUGUAGAACAUUGGGCUUACUUCUCUUGUGCUCUCUCUGAAUGGUGGGCAUUUAAUCCAGAUCGUGAACAUUGGAUGCCUUUGCCUAAAAUGGAAAUAAAUGGAUGUUUCAUGUGUUCAGAUAAGGAGUCGUUAGCCGUUGGCACUGAACUUCUUGUAUUUGGAAAGGAAAUAACGUCCCAUGUGGUUUACAAAUAUAGCCUUUUGACACACAAGUGGUCAUCCGGCCAAUUGAUGAAUACACCUAGGUGCUUGUUCGCUUCUGCUAGCAGUGGGGAAAUUGCCAUUCUAGCCGGUGGUUGCGAUCCAUGUGGCAAUAUCUUGAGCACUGCUGAGCUGUACAAUUCAGAAACAGGAACUUGGUUGACUCUUCCGAGCAUGAAUAAACCUAGAAAAAUGUCGUCUGGGGUAUUUAUGGAUGGCAAGUUUUAUGUCAUUGGCGGGAUUGGAGUGGGCAGCCCAAUUGCACUUAGCUGUGGGGAGGUUUAUGAUUUGGAGAGGGGGACUUGGACUGAGAUACCUAACAUGCACCCCCGAAAAAAUGGAGGGGCUGGAGGAACUAAUAUGCCUGCUACAGCUGAGGCACCUCCUCUGCUUGCAGUUGUAAAUAACAUACUGUAUGCUGCAGAUCAUGCAGAACAGGAGGUGAGAAAGUAUGAUAAGGAGAGGAACAUGUGGAUUACUAUUGGGAGAUUGCCUGAGCGGACAUCCUCAAUGAAUGGUUGGGGAGUAGCAUUUCGGGCAUGUGGUAAUCGGUUAAUUGUAAUUGGUGGACCAAGGGGUUCAACCGUAGGGCAAAUUGAAAUUAACUCUUGGGUCCCUGAUGAAGGUCCGCCGCAGUGGAACCUGCUUGCUGUAAAGGAUCCGGGAGGCUUUGUCUAUAAUUGUGCAGUGAUGGGAUGCUGAGGUGUCCGGUUUCCGUUACACCAUGUGCUGGCCGGAAGGGUGAAAUUUACAGUUUUUUCCUUUCAAGGAGUUUGCGUUCCAGUUUCUGGGUAAUUUCUGCCCUCAACAUGAGAAUAUUCAGGUUAAUGUAGAGUCAUAGAUACAUUUACAGAAAGGAGGCCUGCAGAGUUAGUUUCCUUUUUUUAAAGUUUUUAAUUUUACCUUUAGAGUGUUGCAUCUCUUUUCUUUACCCCUUUGUUACUUUGAGAGCUUUUAAAGGUUGUAUCAUGUAGAAGUAGCAAAGAUUAAUAAGCUGAAGUAUUGAUAAAUUGGUAGGUUGUCAUGUCCAUUUCAUAAUUGAAACAUUAAAGGAA